GCCCGCGGCGGCCAGGCCACCUCAACACCAGGGGGGCAACCUUCCCCUCCGGCCUCAGGGAACAGGGCGGCGCCGGCCCGUCUGCCCGCGCGGCAGCCUACGAGGCGGAGGUCUCGGGGUGCUUCGCGGGCCUGGGAACUCAGUCCAAGCGCAGGAGGCCUUCGCGGCGCGCGCGGCCGGGCCGGCGUCCCCCGCGGGCCUGGUCCCGAUGGUCUCGCCCGGCGCCGGCGCGCGCGGGAGCGCCGAGGGGCGGGGCCCGGCGGCCGCAUAAACGCGGUUGGGCGGGUCGCGCGCGCAGACCUGUCGGGGCCGCCAUGUCCGGCCGCCCGCGAAGCCCCCCCGGGAGCCGCGACGCCAGGUGGGGCCGGCCGGGGGCGGGGGGAGUCGCGGGGGCCGGGGGGCCCGGGCCCGGCCUCGCUGACCCGCGCCGUCCCGGCCGCAGCCCGCGCUCCCCGGCCGGGUGGUUCCUGGGUCGGAAGCGCAGAGCCGACGGGCAGCGCCGGAAGCCCGAGGACUCCGAGGACCGCGCGCCCGGCGAGGACCCGGCCUCCGCGCGCUGGGACGGGCGCGCGCCCCGGCCGGCCGGCCGCAGGCUGGACAGCUUUACCACCCCCGAGGGCCCAAGGCCUCGGUCCAGGUGUCCAGACUGGGGCAGUGCCGUGGAAGAGGACGAGAUGAGGACCAGGGUUAAUCACGAAAUCGCAAGAUACAAAAGAAAACUUCUCAUAAAUGACUUUGGAAGAGAGAGAAAGUCGUCAUCAGGAAGUUCUGAUUCAAAGGAGUCGGCGCCCGCGGUGCCGGCCGACGUGGAGACGGACGAGAGUGUCCUGAUGAGGAGACAGAAGCAGAUCAGCUACGGGAAGAACACCAUCGCCUACGACCGCUACAUCCGGGAGGUCCCCAGACACCUCCGACAGCCUGGCGUUCACCCCAAGACCCCCAACAAAUUCAAGAAGUACAGCCGACGCUCGUGGGACCAGCAGAUCAAGCUCUGGAAGGUCGCACUGCAUUUUUGGGAUCCUCCAGUGGAAGAAGGAUGUGAUUUGCAAGAAAUACGCCCCGUCGACCUUAGUGAAAUGGAGACCGAAUCUGCAGAAAGCAGCUCAGAAUCCCAGACGAGCUCUCAGGAUAACUCGGACACACACUCGGGCACUCCCACCAAGGUCAGGCGCGCGGACCCCCAGGGGGAGGACGAGUUUGAUCUGGAAGCUUGUCUCACCGAACCCUUGAAAGACUUCUCCGCCAUGAGCUAAUCGAGCCCACUGAGGCCGGCGGGAGGACGGCCACCUGCCCCUGCACAGCCACCUGCGUCGUGAGCGCCUGCGCCUGGGUUAACAAUUCACUCUCGUGACGAAUUGUUACUCUUGCCUUAUUUUCUUAAGCAACAUGGAUUUGGUGUAUAGCGAGUGGUUUUUGCAUGUUUUAAAUUGUAAAUAGGACUAAAGCCGAGGAAGACGGAAUUUAUUCCAAUCUUGCAGCAGACUUAAUUGCUUAAUCCCUGUCGCCGUCCAGGGUCAUGUGACAAGGAGCUUUCACUGGUUUUCCACUCAUAUUUUAACUUUAAUUUGCCACCUGUGAAGGUGGUAGGUUUGGAUUUUACUGUGUCUUUUGUCAGAUGCUGCUGUCUGACAAGAUAUUUUCAUAUGUAAAGAUAUAAAGGUAAACCUAGUUCUUGGCCUUUUGUUAAGGUGUCAAAGUUGUUUUCCUCAUACAGAGCCCUGAGUAGUCGGAGAUGUUCGACGGAGCUGUUAACAUAACGAAUUUUACGUUCGUCAUAGGUCUUGAUUGGGAACUUGGAAACAGAGCUGGGCCAGGGCUUCUGCCUGUAGUACUCAGAGUUAAGGCAGCUGAAGGAUUCAGAAGGAGCGUAUUUUUACUACCAGUUCCAUGUAAAAUUGCUGUAAAUGAUAAUGUGUACAGAUUUUCUGUUAAACUAGCCUAUUAUAAACUUGUUAAGACUGUUGCAUUUCUAUUGCUUUCGUAUGGAUGGUAUUACAAAAAUAAAAAGGAAAGAACCUCA